AUGGAGGACUUCCGCGAGCGCGUGCAUUUGAAGGUGCAGGAGGUGCCCGCGGGCAAGCUGACGACGUACGGCGGCGUCGCCGCGGCGCUCGGGUCCAAGAGCGUCGCGCGCCACGUGGGCUGGGCGCUGCGCGACGGCAACUGCGAGGCCGAGGGCACGCCGUGGUGGCGCGUCGUCAACGCCAAGGGCGAGAUCAGCUACCGGUCCGACGACGUCGAGGCCGCGGGCGAGACGUCGGGGUCGAAGCAGGAGGACCGGCUCCGCGCGGAGGGCGUCGAGUUC